AUGCAAAGUCUCAAAGAGCUUUCUAUUGGACCACACGGGGAAAAGGAGUCUUCUCAAGUGAACUCCGAAACAUCAAACCUCAUCUGGGUCCCAAUUAAGGGCACCCAAAUUCCAAACAACACGGUCAGCAUAUACAACGACUACUCCUCCCGACUAGAGUAUGUCUGCAGAGCUAAGGACUACUGCACAUUUGGCUUCCUCACCUUAGCAAAAGGAUUUUUCUGUUAUUUCCCAUUCCUUGAGCAAGAUAACUUUGUGGGAAAAAAUAAAUAUGGCUUAGGGGACAUUUAUAAAGGCCACUUUUAUCUUCCCUGGAAGUGGGAAUUGUACAGGUAUUCACAUUAUGAUGUGCUGACAGUGAACCGUGAACCUUUCAAAAUGCAAUACUCAGAUGUGACAUAUUUCAUCGAUCAGGCAAACAGAACAAAUAGCCCCCCAUAUGCAAUGAAGAUGUCUAAGGUCAUAAAUGAAGGUACUGAGGAAGUGAUGGAGAAUGUACGCAUAGAGGUAAUGACAGAGAAAUCUAGCCAAUGGGAGUGUGGGCUUGACCUGUCUCUCAGCACCUCGACCUCUAUCACAGCAGGCAUUCCAGAUAUCUUCAGCGACAAGAUCACUGUCUGCGUGGACGUGACUGUUUCCCUGGCUUACGGUCGCUCCAAAAGCCAGGCUGUCACACAGUCUCAGGAGGUCAGUGUCCGAGUGCCCCCGGGUCACUCUUGUGUUGUGAAGAUGAUAGGAAGGAAGAUGGAGGUAGAAAUUCCCUUCCAAGCUAGCGUCACCAAGACUUAUCAAGAUGGCACGGUACAACAGAGCACCGUUUCUGGUGUGUACACUGGUGUUCAAGUAGGGGAGGUAAUCGUGGAAGUGGAUGCCUGUGAUCCUCUGGGAACCACAACUCAGAAGGCAUAAGGACAUAACAUUGCCCCCUAGUGGUAGUAUGCCAUCCUUCUUCUCUUGGCUUUUGCAUUUUGGUGUUGCGUUAUGUCAUUCACUCAAUUCCCUGCCAUUUAUUAUGUAUGGAAAAUUCAUGAUUUGUGUAACAUUCCCUGUUGGAGAAAUUAUUGAAACAUGUAUUCUCAUUUAUAUUGAUAAUCUGAAAAAGCAUAUUACAAGUGUGAUUGGGUACAAUUGUUGAUCGGGUAUUUAUGUUCCCCUACAGUGAUUGAUGGUAUGUGUGUUCCUUUCCAUUGGAUGGGGGAAUUGUUGGCCAUCGUGAGUGGGGAAGAGUGUAGUUGCAUGUGUAGACUGUGUUCUGUGUGGUCGUGCUUUGUGGCCGAGGGUUCAUCUUUUUCAUGGAGAUGUCUGUUCAUUUGUAUCUUAAUGUGCCAAUCAGAUGUUUUUGUAAUCUUUGUACUUUUGUGCACAAGAUAAGGUUUCAACACUGUUGUGUAGUCCCUUUUACCUGAUUUAUCUAAGGGAACCGAAAGUUUCCCUAGGCCCAAGUUCUUGACCACAAGUUCUGUAUUUGUUGUUGAUUCAGAAGUAAUGCUCUGUUUGAAAGGUUCUCUCGGACACAUGUUUGGUGGGACAAAGGCCAGGGCUUAUUGUCCAAGUUUUAGCCAUGUGAUCAUGUCAAAGGGCAAACUAGAGACCCUAGAUACGUAAACUCUUGUAUAGAUAGUACGUCAACCCUGGUAUAAAAGGAGGCCCCAGACUAAAAUGAUCAGAGUCUGGUAUGAACCAUUUUGUGUUGUAUCAUUCUCUCUCUUUGCAAAGAUAAUACAAUUGUGUUGUCCUUGGAAUUCACUGGUCCUUGUCUUUAUUUGCGCACAAACAUACAAAAUUAUUUAUCAGACAUAGUAAAAUUAUCUAUCAUUCCCUCAAUAGCCAUGUCACUCUUCAGGGAAUGUAUUUUUAAGGCCAAUAACCUGCUUUCUUUAGUUAAUUAGAUGGACAUUAGUGUACACUGCCAUGA